GCGGCGUCCCGGGGGCCUGCGGGGGCCUCGGAGCAAGAUGGCGGCGGCGGGGUCCGUGAGGCGCGGGCGGCGGCGACCGCGGCGCCAGUGAGCGGCCCGGGGGCCCGGGCGGCUCCGGGCCGGGGUCCCGCUUCGGGACGGACCAUGCUACGCUCCACCGGUUUCUUCCGGGCCAUCGACUGCCCCUACUGGGCUGGGGCGCCCGGGGGGCCCUGCCGGCGGCCCUACUGCCACUUCCGGCACCGCGGGGCCCGGGGCCCCGGCGCGCUUGUGGGCGGCGGAGCGGCGCCCCCCACAGCAGGGCUUGGUUAUGAUCCGUACAACCCCGAGCUGCCCAAGCCCCCUGUGCAGAGGGAGAAUGGAGCCCUGGGCAGAGGGGAUGAGCCCCGCUCGGACAUCCUGGAGCUGGAGCUGGUCAAUCAGGCCAUUGAGGCCGUGCGCACGGAGGUGGAGCUCGAGCAGCGGCGGUACCAAGAGCUCCUGGAGACAGCCCGCGAGCACAGCUCUGCUGAGGCCCCUGCCAUGGCGCCCCGAGGCCCCACCGCUUGCCCUGCCGCUGGCCUGGACGAGGAUGCCUUCCCACUCUCCUUCGAUUAUAACCCUGGUGGCCGCCCUGGCCUGUUAAGCCCUGAUGCCAGCUACCAGCCCACCCCUCUGGCCGCCGCUGCCGAGGCAGGCAGUAAGUACUCGUUGGCCUCUCUGGAUCGGGUGCAGGGCCAUAGCGGAGGGGGUGGCAGCACCCUGGAGUACGUCCCCAAGGCUGUGAGCCAGCCCCAGCGAUACGGCCGCCCCGUCCCCAGCAGCAAGUAUGUGUUGGAUGACUCCAAGCCGUCCACGGAUUUGGAGUAUGACCCGCUGUCCAACUUCUCCGCCCGGCUGCUCAGCAGGGCCAGCUCCAAGGACGACAGGGCCCCCAAGAGGCCCAGGGGCUCCCGGGGUAGCGAGCCUUACACGCCCGCCCUCAAGAAGCCCUGUGACCCCUUCGCCGGCUGUGACGCCAGGUUCUCCGACUCGGAUGAUGAUGCCGCCGCGGCUCCGGCUGCCGCGCCUGUCACCACAAGCCCCCCGAGAGCCCAGGUGGGCCCCGAGAGCAAGGCCCCUGGGCAGCCAGGCUCCAGGGAGGGCCAGGACACUGAGGAGGGUGGCCUGCGGGAGACCAAGGAGAUGGCGGUGCAGUACGAUGUGGAGGACCUCGGGCAGCCCCCCAAGGGUCCCGGGGGGGCACCUGUGGCCAAGCCCAGCUCCCCAUCCAGGGCCUCCCGGGAGCCCGGGGGCUCCAAGCAGGGAAGACCCAAGAAGAAGAAAAGUGGGGCGCUGCCUGCCCCUGGCCACAAGGAUGGCGUCCGGAAGAAGGACAGGGGCAAAGACGGAGAGCACGGGAGGCCAGCCGGGAAGCCCUGUGCAGACCAGAGGGGCCCGCAGGCCGGCAGCCCCCGGCACAGGGCCGAGCAGCCCGAAGGGACCAAGAAAAAGCCAUCUUCGGCCACCCCGGUGGCCAGCUCAGGGAAAAGCCGGCCCGACCGUGGGGGUGUCCACCAGCUGCCAAACAGGACCGGCGGGAAGACCACGUCGGGGAAGCUGGCUGAGCGGAAGGCCCGCUCGCUGGACGAGGGUGCCUCCCGGGACGCCCCCAAGCUGCAGAAGCGGGCCCUGAGCCACGCAGACCUCUUCGGGGACGAGAGCGAGGAUGAAGGCCCGGGGCCCACGGCGGUGGCGCCCCCCUCCGCCCCGCCGCGCCUCAGCUCCACCUCGGACUCCGACUCUGACUCCGACUCGGACAGCAGCCAGGGCUGCUCGGCCGCUCAGGGGCCGCGCAAGCGCCUCAAGGCCCCUCCACCUGCCCGGCCCGCCCCCGCCUCCCCCUCCCCCUCCUCGUGCUCCUCCUCCUCCUCAGCGUCUGGGGCGGGCGGGGGCGUGGACUACUCUGCUCUGGAGAAGGAGGUCGACUUCGACUCAGACCCCAUGGAGGAGUGCCUGCGCAUCUUCAACGAGUCCACCAGCGUCAAGACGGAGGACAGGGGCCGGCUGGCCCGGCAGCCCCCCAAGGAAGAGAAGAUUGAAGACAAGGGGCAUUCGGGUCUGACCACUCUGUUCCCUGGGCAGAAGAGGAGAAUUUCUCACCUUUCCAAGCAAGGCAAGGAGGCAGAGCCCGUGAGGAGAGGCCCAGCUCCCCCUGCCCGGCCUCCUACCGCCCAGGAGGUAUGCUAUCGGCGGGCCCAGCAGGCCCAGAGGGACUCUGCCACCUGGCUCCAGGCUACCCAGCAGCCGGCCGAGAAGCCCUCCUCCAUCCAUAUCGCAGCCCCUGGCGAGAAGAGGAGGAUCGCCCAUGUCCCCAACCCCCGCCUGGCUGCCGCCCCCACAGGUGCCAAGAGGGCCCUCGCCGCCAGCAGCAGCCAGCCUCCCAAUGGCCCCGAGCCGGGCAGCCAGCCCCUGAAGGCACGCACGUUGUCGGGCAUGGCGUCCAAGACCACCACCACCGUCACCCCCAAGCGCGUCGCCCACAGCCCAUCUUUACAGAGUUUAAAGAAGCCCAUUAUCCCAAAAGAGUUUGGGGGCAAAGUCCCCACGGUCAUCCGCCAACGGUAUCUGAACCUGUUCAUUGAGGAGUGUCUCAAGUUCUGCUCUUCCAACCAGGAAGCCAUAGAGAAGGCGCUGAACGAGGAAAAGCUGGCCUAUGACCGCAGCCCCAGCAGGAACGUCUACUUGAGUGUCGCCGUGAACACCCUCAAAAGGCUGCGGGGCCUGGCCCCCGGCUCUGCGCCCGGCCUCAACAAAACCAGCGGCCGGAGGGUUGUGUCGCAUGAGAUGGUGCUGGGGGGCAAGUUGGCCACCAAGACCAGCUUCUCACUCAGCCGCCCGAGCAGCCCCCGGGUGGAGGAUCUGAAAGGGGCCGCCCUGUACGGCCGCCUCAAGGAGUACCUGCUCACCGAGGACCAGCUCAAGGAGAAUGGCUACCCCUUCCCGCACCCCGAGCGGCCGGGGGGUGCCGUCAUCUUCACGGCUGAGGAGAAGAAGCCCAAGGACUCAUCCUGCAGAAUCUGCUGCCGGUGUGGCACCGAGUACCUCGUGUCCACGUCAGGCCGCUGCGUGCGCGAGGAGGAGUGCUACUAUCACUGGGGGCGGCUCCGCCGGAACCGAGUGGCCGGCGGCUGGGAGACUCAGUACACAUGCUGCUCGGCGGCCAUCGGCUCCACCGGCUGUCAGGUCGCCAAGCAACACGUGCAGGACGGCCGUAAGGAAAACCUCGAAGGCUUUGUGAAGACUUUCGAUAAAGAACUUUCGGAAGAUGCUCACCCAGGGAUCUUUGCCCUCGACUGUGAAAUGUCCUAUACCACGUACGGCCUGGAGCUGACUCGAGUCACAGUGGUGGACACGGCCAUGCAGGUGGUUUACGACACCUUCGUCAAGCCGGACAAUGAGAUCGUCGACUACAACACCAGGUUUUCAGGGGUGACCGAGGCUGACCUCGCCGACACGAGCAUCUCGCUCCGGGACGUCCAGGCCGUCCUGCUGAGUAUGUUCAGCGCCGACACCGUCCUCAUCGGACACAGCCUGGAAAGCGACCUGCUGGCCUUGAAGCUGCCCGCCCACAGGUCAUCCACAGCACCGUGGUGGACACGUCCGUGCUCUUCCCGCACCGCCUGGGCCUCCCCUACAAGCGCUCCCUGCGGAACCUCAUGGCCGACUACCUCAGACAGAUCAUCCAGGACAACGUGGACGGGCACAGCUCCAGCGAGGAUGCCAGCGCCUGCAUGCACCUGGUGAUCUGGAAGAUCCGAGAAGACGCCAAGACCAAGCGGUGACUGCUGCCGCCUGCCCGCCUUCCCCGCAGCCCCGGCCCGGCCUCUACCCCAGGCCUCUUCCAAAACAGUGCAAUAAAUCUCGAGAGCUAACCCUGUCCACGUCGCCAAGACAUGGAAACAGAGAACGGGACGAGCCGGCGGCACGAGAGCCCCACGCCAAGACCACCUGGAGCCCUGCCCCCCACCCGGCCCCUUGCGCCGCCCCCGCCUCCUGUCCUCUGGAGACUGCUGCUGACUCCCGGAGGAGGCCGGGACAGACCCCACCCGGCCCGCCACCGUGGGCCCUGCUGCAUCCCUAGCAGCCAGGCCUCCUGCCCCUCCUCCUGUUGGGCAGGCUUUUUGUGGGUGUGUUUGAGACAGGGGUUUUUUUAUUUUGUAUUGUUAUUUUUAUUAUUCGUAAUUUAAACCUGACAACUCGCACAGUUGUCUUUCCCACCUGGAGAAGCAAGAUCCUGGUGCUGCCUUCCCUGUUGGGGGUGGGGCAGGGGGAGAGGUUGGAGGGCCAGGAGCCGACAUGCUGGCCCCUUGGCAGCCACCAGGACCAAGAGUCCACCCUGGCCUGGGCCGGAUGGGUGGGAACUGACCUCUCCAAACCCACCUGGACUCCGUGACCUCUGGGAACCAAGCCAGCCCCCCUGCCACCACCCCCCCCAGGGCCUCGCCUUCUGGACCCCUCCAGGGCCCAUCAGCCUCUGGACCCUGUCUUCCUGCCAGAGCCCCACCUUCCCCAGGGGCUGUCUGUAAAGGCCUGCAGCUCCUCCUAGGGUCCUGAGCCCUUCCCCCCGCCCCCCAACCCGAGGCAGGGACAGAAUAAAUGUUUGUAUGGAUUUUA